UGGGUUAUGCGGCGGCGCAGGCGGCAGAGCGGUCUGCGUGGUGGAACAACAUCAUGUCUUCAAGGAAAUAAGAGGAGUGGGACCGUACUGGACUCAAACAUGGACUGAGUGUGUGUCUCCGUUCAAACAAACAACCCGUUUCUGAGAAGGAAGCCACCCCAAGCCUGCCCUGAGGAGUGUGCGCUUGGAGGAGUGUGCUUCUUCCCUGCUACUUCUCCAGCUUGAACACACACACAGGCAGGAUGUCUGUGAGAGAGCGACAGCGUCCUUGGUCUGUGUACAGAGCUUCCACGCUGGACCAUUCCUCUGAAAUGCUCAGCCUGGCACUGGCAGGGAACAGUCAGGACCCAGACGAGCCCGUGUUGGAGUUCAGCCUUGCCUGCAGUGAGCUGACGACACCGUGUUCGGACCGUAAACCCAACAGCUUUGUAGCUGUGAGCUGUACAACGCCACCUCAAGUCUUCUGGACCAAGUAUGCACAGACGGAGAUAAUCGAGGGCACGAUGAAUCCCAUCUUCUUAAGCAGUGUGGCCUUCUUCCAGGAUUCCUUCAUCAAUCAGCAGACGCAGAUCACACUCUCCGUGUACGACGUAAAGGACCGUUCACAAGGCACGAUGUAUUUAUUAGGCUCAGCGAUGUUCACAGUGAAAGAACUUCUGCAGGACAAGAACUACACACUCCACCUGCCACUAUGUUCGGCCGAGAACAAGCGUGUGGGGAAUAUCACAGUCAUCGCCUGGCAGCUGGAGGAGAAGAGGGAGCAGCGGGCACCACUUACCCAUCUACCAGAUACCAACAAUGGCAGGACGGUCCUUUCUGUCGAUGAGAGUCUGACAGAAUCAAUAGGAGUUCGAGCCAAAUAUGCCUCUUUAAGUAAAGACACGCUCCUGCGAUCAGUGUUUGGGGGAACCAUGUCUCGGAUGUACCGCUUCCCCACCACUGACGGGAAUCACUUGCGUAUUCUGGAGCAAAUGGCUGAGAGUGUGCUGUCUCUCAACGUCCCACGGCAGUUUGUCAAACUUCUGCUGGAAGAGGACUCUGCCAGAGUGUGUGAGCUGAAAGAGUUAGGAGAAUUAUCUCCAUGUUGGGAGAAUCUCCGGCGGCAGAUUGUAACACAAUACCAGAGCAUUAUUCUCACCUAUGAGGAAACACUGAAACACCUGCAGGACUACAAGGGCCCCUCGUUCAAAGCAAGCAACCUCAAAGCUGACAGGAAGCUGGAGUUCAUGUCCACUAACCUCCACAUGCAGAGGAUGAGAGUGCAGGACGACUCCGGGUUUGAUCACACAUACGACGUGGUGACGAUCGGCGCUCCAGCAGCUCACUGUCAGGGCUUUAAGAACAACGGCCUGCGCAAACUCAUCCAGAAAUUCGAGGAGGCCAAGAAACACAGUUCUCAGAGCAGCUCCCAGUCCAUCAUUUACAUUCCUCAGGAUAUCAUUCGAGCCAAAGAGAUCAUAGCACACAUAAACACUUUAAAGACUCAGGUCAGCUACUACGCCGAGCGUCUCUCCCGUGCCGCCAAGGAGCGCUCCGCCAACGGCCUGGAGAGAACACUCACAAUACUGGCAGACAAGACGCGGCAGCUUGUGACGGUGUGUGACUGUAAGCUACUGGCAUCGGCUGUGCAGGCCCUAAACGCCGCCAGGCCAGAGUAUAUCGCCUCUAAGAACUCACCUUCAGCCGAUUCAGAGCACGUGGUACUACGCAAUGACCAGGACACACUGCUAGCCAAGUGGAGCAACAACUGCUCAUCCCUGCACGCCGACUGGCACGAAGAAGAAUGGGAGAAGGUGUGGGUGAAUGUGGAUAAAAGUCUGGAGUGCAUCAUCCAGAGGGUGGAUAAGCUCUUACAGCGAGAACGAUUGCGCAGCAGCAGCAGCGAGGACAUGUUCCAGGCCGACCAACAGAACGCUGUUCCUAAAAAAGGUAACGAGAGGUGUCACGCGUUCUGGAUCAACCCAGUCUGCACAAAUGACUGUCCAUCAGCAGCUUCACCGGAACAGACUUCUUCAUCUUCAUCACCACCUUCACCUUCAUCCUCAUCAUCAUCACUGCCUGCUCUGAACCCUGCAUGCCCCCUUAAUCCAGAAAUUCAAGUCUAUGCCAGUAACAGCAGAGAGGAGAGUUACCCAGGUGAGUGGAGUGAGGCACUGUAUCCGCUGCUAACAACGCUAACAGAGUGUGUGGCAAUGAUGAGCGACAAGGCAAAAAAGUCAAUGGUGUUUCUUCUAAUGCAAGACCGAGCACCGACUAUCGCCAUGGACCUUAGUGUGCAGUACCGCCGAGACGUGGUCUUCUGCCAGACACUUACUGCUCUUAUAUGCGGCUUUAUUAUUAAACUGAGGAAUUGUCUCCGUGAUGACGGUUUUCUAAGGCAGUUAUACACCAUUGGACUGCUUGCUCAGUUUGAAAGUCUACUGAGUACCUACGGAGAGGAGCUAGCGAUGCUUGAGGACAUGAGUGUGGGGAUCAUGGACCUAAGGAACGUGACGUUUAAGGUGACACAGGCUUUGUCAACAUCCUCUCCAGACAUGCUACCUGUGAUCACAGGGAACCGCGACGGCUUUAAUGUGCGCAUUCCACUGCCAGUGACCAUGUUCGAUGCGUUGCCACGGGAGAUUCAGAACGGCAUGCUACUGCGCGUACAGCCUGUUCACUUUAACGUCGGCAUCAACGAACAGCAGACGAUAGCUGAGAAGAUUGGAGACACGUCUUUGCAGGAGAUCAUUAAUUCUGAGAGUCUGGGACGUCUGAACUCCUACUACGAACAGUUCAAGGAGGUGUUACCAGAUGACUGUCUCCCUUGUUCCCGUAGUCAGACUUGUCUUCCAGAGCUCUUGCGCUUCCUUGGUCAGAAUGUUCACGCCAGGAAAAACAAGAACGUUGACAUCCUCUGGCAGGCUGCAGAGAUCUGUCGACGGCUGAAUGGUGUACGUUUUACAAGCUGCAAGAGUGCGAAGGACCGCACAGCCAUGUCAGUCACGCUGGAGCAGUGUCUCAUCCUGCAGCACGAGCACGGCAUGGCACCACAGGUCUUCACUCAGGCCCUCGACUGCAUGCGGAGUGAGGGUUGCCGACGUGAGAACACGGUGAAGAACGUCGGAAGCCGCAAGUACGCUUUCAACAGUUUCCAGCUGAAGACUUUCCCUAGGCAUUACCGCCCUCCUGAGGGGACGUUCGGAAAAGUGGAGACGUGAGCAUGACUUCCAGGCUUGUGCUAAACAGAAAUUAGUCCGAAGUGGAUGAGUUCAUCAUAGACAAAUCACUGUGUAGCUGGUAUGUAAAAUAUGCUGUAGUCAAUCCUGAUUUCUCACUGAUAUCGGUAUUGGUGAAUCUUACAAGACACUCACUUAUCCUGCAUAUAAUUGUUCCUGAUUUCUGAUCCCAUAUUGAAAUAAAAUCAUUGGCUUUAAAUAACAUGAUUUCCAGAUUGUUACAGCAUUGCCAAAAUCGUACAGCUUUGGGAGGGGGAAUCUUUUUCCCUACGUAAAUAUUCUCAAUAUUAUUAGCAUUUAAGAACAGUUCGGUCCAAAAUUUAGAGCUAUAUAUAUUUUUUUUAUACAAUUCCCUCGUCUAAUUAUUACAUGCUUGGUGGCCUGGGGGAAAAAAUCCUUCAUGUGGUGACUUUUUGCAUUUCUGACAAUUACUGUGUUACCCAAAUUGAACAGUCAGUAGGGAGGAAGAAAAAAAUACUUUUUUUAGUCUUUCUAGUAUCUUCUCCUGAGGUAAAAAUCGUAGCCUCAUCAUCAUCAUCUGCCUCAUGCUGAAAUUGUUUUACUGGCAAUUAGAGCUAUGUUAUUUCAUUUAUUUUGCAGUUGUGGUCGAUUCAAUUUAUUGAAUUAUUUUCAAUUCAGAAUCAAUUCACAUUUCUUAAAUUAUUAAAGUAAAUACACAAAUGUAAAAAGGUCUAAAGUUGAAGGUUUUUUUUUUUCAAAUAUACAAGAGCCUCAGUAGAAAAUAUCAACCGUAUGCAUAUUUUGCUUAUACUUGUCUUUUGGAAGCAUAUAGCAUUUAUUUUUUGAGUUUAUGGGAGCCUGGUGCAAUAUCGGCCCCUAAUGGACUGGAUUUUGGUGCAGAAGAUAAAAAAGGUAAUAACUUUGUACAAGACAUUUUUAACAAUCAGUCAAAUUUAUAAGACAUGACAUUUAAACAAUCAGUCACACAAGUUGCACACAUUUUUUAAUUCCAGUAUUUAUAAUUUUAGUGUUAUCGAAUUGAAAAUCACAAUGGCCGCAAAUCUAAUUGGCUCAACGCUUUGAGAGAGUUCCAGAGCUCUAUCAGCAAAUUUUGCCAUUUAAAUUUUUUACAAAUACUAUUUUAUGAUUUAGACUGUUUACAGACUGAACCCCUUCUUUUUCUGUUUGGUGUUUAACCACUGACUUGUUAUUCCCUGUGUUAGGAAAGGAUAUGUAAGUAUUUGUUAAGUUGAUUAAAACAUCAUCUUUGGUUCUGUUUUGGGCUGUUUUGCCAGGAAUUCAAUCACAGUACCCUCUGAUGGGUUUUUCCAUCCCACCAUGCAGCCAUUCGUUUAUAUCAAUUUACUACAAACAAAUAAAAUUUAGUUUUGUAUGCAAUUUAUGUCCAUAUCCAUUCAGUACUUAUUCACACAUAGUUUGCUUCAUCUUUCAAUAAUCUUAUUAGACUAUAAUGGGAAAAAAAAAACAGUGCUUGGUAAUAAACUGUUUCCUACUACGUUACAGCCCAUUAGAGUGAAGAGGGCUUUAUAAAUACUCAGCGCACUUUUUGUGCGUCUUAAAACCCCUCACACUCACUACUUCCUGUAUUGCCCAGUAUAUAUAAAAGGUACACCCCAGGCAAUGUUCCCAGAUAAAAUUAUGCAAUAAAGGUACAAGCCACAUGGCCUUGUUUGCACCACCCCAACAAAUCUUAAUAUAGGAUGUAGUAUGGAUUUAAAAUAAAUCAAAUUAGUUAAUUCUAAUUAAAUAGAAAUUUAUAAUACUAUCAUAGUCAUAGUAUAUUAUGUCUUGCUUUAUUCUGAGUAUCUUGGAUGAGGUUUUAUUUGAAUUCCUGUUUUCUAAAUCAGAGAUAUUCAGUGGCAUCUCAGGAUUAUUACUGAUUAUUUACUCAGACUCGUAUACUGUAUCUGUGUCAUAGUCAUAUAAUAAAUCUAUUAUAUUUAGAGCUAUAUUUAAAUGUUUGAGGAAGUGAUUGUCUGAAUUUGUUAAGAACAUGGGAUGCAUUAUGUUGUUUAACAACUAAAAAGUCAUUCGUCCGAUUCAUGCUGUUCUCCAGAUCUCAGAAAUGCCUGAUUUAAUUUCAUUAAAAUAUCAUAGGAUUGACAGUUGCUGCAGCAGUUUGCCUGAAUGCAUAUUUUCAGAAAUCAUAUCAGAAAGUAUCUCAUUCGCCUACAUGUUCAUCUGCAAACCCUUUCCACAAAGCGUAACUCACUACUAUCAUUUUUUAUUUGGCACCAUGUUACCGUAUGAACCUCAGCUGGCAGCGCGUCAGCCCGACUGUGAAAUGCAAGUUCAGCAUUGUUGCAUUCGUUAUUCUUCAUUUUACUUGAUGCUUUUUUAAAAAAUUAUUAUUAUUAUUAUUCAUGCAUUUUGUAUUGUUGCUGUUGUUAUUUUUACACACGUUAAUGGGUUCCGGUGCAUAUAGUUUAUAAAACCUAAUGUAUUGAAAAGAUUAUGUUCCCAGAUAUUUGAAUUUGAUUUGUAUUUAUUCCUGUAAACUUGUAUCUUUUAUGAAGCUAAGAUGUACAAUGUGUACAAUGAAUUUUGCUGUAUAAUAAGCUGUCACGAUGCAAUUAAAAAGAAAAUUAGCUGCCA